UUUUAUUUGGUUGUUACCGCGGCGGCAGCGGCGGGAGGAGCGUCAGUUUCUGGUUACUCGGUGAUCGUCGCUCGCUGCUUGCUCGUCCUUUCUUUCUGUCUGUCUGUCUGACUCACUCCCCUCAGGUACUCCCCAACAGGAUGGGCCGAAAGAAGAAGAAGCAGAUGAAGCCGUGGUGUUGGUACUGCAACAGGGACUUCGAUGAUGAGAAGAUCCUUAUUCAGCAUCAGAAAGCAAAACAUUUCAAAUGUCACAUUUGUCAUAAAAAGUUGUACACAGGUCCAGGUCUUGCUAUUCACUGCAUGCAGGUUCACAAGGAAACAAUAGAUGCAGUCCCAAAUGCAAUCCCAGGAAGAACAGACAUAGAAUUAGAAAUUUAUGGAAUGGAAGGCAUUCCAGAAAAGGAUAUGGAGGAGAGGAGGCGACUGCUGGAACAAAAGACUCAAGCGGAAAGUCAAAAAAAGAAGCAGAAAGAUGAUGAUUCUGAUGAGUUUGAUGAUGACGACGCAGAAGCUGGGACUUCAUACCAGCAGCAAGGAAUGCAGCAACAACAGAACUUUGUUUCAAGUAUGAACCAGUCAAGCAUGCACCCUGUAACGGGUGCCCCAGGCAUUCCUCCAGGAAUGCCACCAGUGGUACCAGGUGUUCCUCCCAUGAUGCCAGGAAUGCCACCGGUAAUGCCAGGAAUGCCACCAGGGAUGAUGCCCAUGGGUGGAAUGAUGCCUCCAGGACCUGGAAUGCCACCCAUGAUGCCAGGCAUGCACCCUGGUGGGUAUUUGAAAACGGUUGGCAGCAACUUAGGUAUGCCACCACCUGUUCCACGCCCAGGAGGACCAUCAAUGACCCAGUCGCAGCCAGUGGUUGCACCUGGUUUACCCAGUAGAGCACCACUUCCUGGACCUAGCCCACAGCCUCCCAUUUCAAAGCCACUCUUCCCCAGUGCUGGCCAGAUGGGGACUCGUGUUUCAAGCACAACUACAACCUCCACUACAGCUUCAUCAAAUUCGGCAAAUCUCUCAACUUCCUCUAAACCUCUGUUUCCUAGUGCAGCACAAAGCCAGCAGUCUGUCUCUGGACCCGUGGGUACAGAUUUUAAACCCCUCAACAGUACGCCUGCCACUACUGCAGAACCUCCGAAGCCCACAUUCCCAGCAUACACGCAGUCAACAGCUACUGCCACCAGCACAUCGAACAGUUCUGCAGCUAAGCCAACUAUCCCUGUAACUAGUAAGCCUGCUACUCUAACCACAACUAGUGCAACUAGUAAGUUGAUCCAUCCAGAUGAGGAUAUAUCACUGGAGGAAAGGAGAGCUCAGUUUCCAAAGUACCAGCGCAACAUCCCUCGGCAAGGCCAGACACCAAUGGGGCCACCACCAGUUGGGCCAAUGGGUGGCAUGAUGCCACCACAACAAGGAAUGCCACCUCAGCAACCAGCAAUGAGGCCUCCCAUGCCACCUCCAGGUCAGUAUGGUGGCCCCCCACAGGGUAUGCCAGGUUACCUCCCUGGCGGCAUGCCUCCAUAUGGACAGGGACCGCCAAUGGUGCCCCCUUACCAGGGUGGACCCCCUCGGCCACCAAUGGGAAUGUCAGGAAUGAGGCCUCCUGUAAUGUCACAAGGGGGCCGCUACUGAAGCUGGUGUACCUACGUUAAUAGCCCUGCCAUGGGACAGGCUGAGGCUGAAUCUUAUUGUCCUCUCAGUCUGAGGCAAGUCAGAUUUCAUUUUAUUCCUUUCCAGGGGCUUUCACAGCUUUUUAUGGCUGUUGGAUUUCUCUGUCCCCAAACUUGUAGCAAGUUUGGUGAAGGCCCUUUUUUAAAAAAUCUAUUUCUAGUAACGUAUUAUAUUGUGUUGUGAUUGUAUUUGACUUUAGAGCAAAGUGCUAUUUGCUGGAUAUGGGAACCUACUAUUUGCAGAGAUUAGAUUACUGUUUACUGUUCCCAUUUACCUAAACUUUAAAUAUUAGUGGUUAUUUUUCCCUUUUUAAACAGUUUUCUUGAGCACACAGAGAAACCGGUGGGGUCAAUUGCUUAUCUAGUGAUUAUGCACAUUCAAGUUUGUGCCUAGCUUUUUAAAUUUUUAUUUCCUUGUAUCUGGCAAGUGGGACAUUGCUUGGGUUGCACUGAUCUUUGAACUCCUAGGUCAGAGCCAUGUUAAAUGUCAUAAUUUAAGCUAUGUAUAAAAUACUUGGAGACAGUUUAACCAGAGUGAGAUUGUUGCUUGAAUUGAAUAAGUUUUAAAUAACCAACCCAGCCAAUGAAGUAGGACUGAAAUUGAAAACUGUCCCUGACAUUCACUGCAAAUUUUGUUGCUAAAAGUAUUUUAAGAGUAAUUAUUAGAUGACCAUUGAAAUUCUGUCCUGAUCACAAACAUUGCACCUGCAGCUGGUGCCUGGUUUUAUUUUUUCAAAAUGCUUUUUGUGCUCAAUAAAUGAUGGGCAUCGGCCAUU